GCGAGCGGAAAGGCGGAUCCACGGCACCGCGCGCCGGCCUCAGAGCACUCACGGCACUGCGAGCGCGCACGGAGCAUCACGACUCAUCACCGCGGCUUUUCGUCUCCUCUUUAGCCUCUCUCCUGGUCUCUCAAACCCCGUGACAUCGCACCACAUCCGGCAUACCAUCCACACGGACAGUCGCCCAGUCGCUCUCAUCCACCGACACUCGCCCACGGUUCAUGACAGUGUCCUGAAGCGGUUUGGGGUACGAAUCACGACUCACGCACGCACGGACUGUUGCUUGACCUCUCCCAGGCCCCUCGCUUCUUCGCCCGUAGGAGGAUAUCCACAGUUGCCCUUCUUCGACACAUCCAGCUGCGGCUAAGACGAUGGCGGAGUACAGCUCUCUGCUCAGUGACCUGUCUGAGAACAUCACAAACGAGGACCUGGAGCAGCUCAAGUCUGCGUGUAAAGAGGACAUCCCCGAAGAGCAAAGCAACAACAUCACCUCCUCCAAAGAGUGGUUCAGUUACCUGGAGAAGAAUGACAAGCUCGCACAAGACAAUCUUUCGUACAUCGAGCACAUCUUCGAGAUCUCGCGGCGGCCCGACCUCCUCACGAGGGUCAUCGAAUAUCGCACCACUGUCCUGAAGAUCUCUGAGGACGAAGAAAUCGACACCAAACUCACACGCAUCCCCUCCGCCAAGAAAUACAAAGACAUCAUCCGCCAGCCCUCUGAAGAUGAGAUCAUCAAACUGGCUCCGCCUCCUAAAAAAGUCUGAACCCUCUGCCCCGCCUCUUUCCCCCAAAUCUUUGCACCUUGAUAUUUCUACACUUCUUACACUCCUCCAACCAAUCAGCGACCAAUCAGCGCCCAAAACAACCACCCAUUUCCUGCUCGUCCUGUCAACUUUGACCCUGCACUAACCCUCACAGCCAAUCGGAUCGUAGCAAUGCGAUGUCAUCUUUAUUUCUAUUAGACUGUGGCGGGACAGGACUUUAUGAAUGGACCAGUGAUGUUUGAGUACAGGAGUAGUUUGAAAAAUAGUUUGGAGGCUCAGAUGUACCACAUAAUUACAGAUUUAACUCGUAAAGUUUCCCUUAUUUUUUUUUACCCAUCUUAGUAAGUUUUACUUUCGUGUUAUGGUCAAAUUACCUUCCCCCUUAAUCUUUCCAAUGGUCUUCAAAACAUUCCUGGAUACAGACAGUGAUCCAAAAAUAAAUUUACAAUUUAAGAAAAAAAAUCUCAAAAUCGUUAAAUAAUUGGCAAAAUUUGGAUCAAGCCUUAAAGCGAAUAUUAUUUGCAGAAGACUGUUAUAUAUAUAUACAUAUAUUAAUAUUUUUUUCAUUUUCCAACUUUUUUUUUUUUUAUGAAUUCACAAUAUCCAUUAUAUUGUGAAUUCAAUAUGGAUGACAUGAAGGACAUGCCAAUCAAGCCUCUUUAAAAACCCUGUGCAAAACUUAAAAUUUAAAUUAUGUUAAAAGAUUUGCAUAGUAUAUGAAGUAAAUAUUUAUCUGAGAAAGCAAAUUUACUGUGAAAAUGAAACCACUAACGAGUCACUUUAUUGCAAAGAGAUUUUAAGAUUUCUAAAAGCAUUCUCUUAAAAUAGAAUAUGUUUAAGAAAGAGAUAUUGAAACUAUAAUUUUGUUUAAACAUUCACCUAGUGACAAAAAUCUAUUUAGGAAAGUAUUUAUAAAAGAACUUUAUAUUUCUUUGCACUUAUGGGACCAGUUUUUGUUGAAGCAGGCUACAGAUCCCAAUCAGUAUAUGACAAAAGUCAUAUCUUGAUUUGUGUCCCCCUUGGAAGCGUUCAGCAGUCACUGUCAAGUGAUCAAAAUCAAAUUUAUUUGUAAUAAACUUAACAUAAACACACAGUACACCAUAUACUGUACUGAGAAUAGCAAUAGGACAUAGGACGAAAGCAUAGGACACUGCAAAAACAAAUGUCUACAUGGAGUUGAAAUGCUGUGUAAUUACUGUUUUUGCGAACUUUUUUGAAUGAUACCAGUCAGAAAUGUAGUCACAUACAUAAAAUGAAAUCCUGAAUUAAAACAAAUGCCUAUUUUUCAAUUAAUAUUUUAAGUUAAUUGAAUGUAAAAUUUUAAGUAUACUGCAAAUCUAAAAAUCUAGCCAAGUUAAGAUUACUUUAAUUGAGAAAGUUUUAUUGUGAUCUGAUUCAAUUUCACUCGACAAGUCAAAUGAUCUACCAAGGAACAAGACUUUUGUACUUAAUAUGAGAAACAAAAUCUAAUGUUGCAUGAACUAAGAAAAACACACUUGUCUCAUUAGUAGAUCAUUUGACUUGCCAAGCUGAAUCUACACAAAUAAGUAAAAGUAAAGUGUUCUUAAUUUAAGUAAUUUUACCUAGAUAUUCUUAAUAAUAAUAAUUAAAAUACUUAGAGUCAACUACUUGCUAAAUAUAAUGUAAAGCUGUUCAAGCUACUCAAAAUAAGAUACAUUUUCAGAAUUUAACUCAUUUAGAAAUUCAGUUUUUGCAGUAAACGGAUCAGAAAGUUGUUGAACCACAUAAUAAAAAUGACGUCAUCUUAACCAAACAUUAGCCUAUCCAAAAGGCCACUCUCAUUCACGAACACUAUAGCUCACAAGACUGUUGCUAACUCGCUAAUACGACUGCUCUUUUUAACACUGUGUAUCCUUAUAUAUUUCUGCAAUGAAGCCUUAGCGCAUUCAACCCCAAAAAUAUUUCAACAUAAAACUGUGAUUUUGUUUUUGCUGAUUACACGACCCGGUCCAGACGUUGCUAAGGACGUCAGUGUUGCUGUGUACAAAAGUUUAUUUAUUAUUAUUCUCUUUCUUUAGUUGCAGAAUUGAAACAAAAUAUACUGUAAAUUCUAGACAUGUUCUAUUAUGUCAAAACCCUCUAGUGCCAACAACGGAGACUUAAAACUAUUUGCAACCUUUUCUUUGGUUUUCUAUUGCUCGACGUGUCUUGUAGUGUUGAGAUGAUUUGUAUUCUAUGCAUUUAUGUCAAACGUGAAAGAUUGUCCUCCUUACGUGAUCAUAUUUUCAAAUUAUUUUUAGGUUGCAGCCAAAUAACAGUAAUUUAUUUGACCACUUACACUUACAGUAUUAGUUAUAAAAUAUCUUAACACCUGAAAUAUCCAACAUUUUAACAUCCAUUUGUAUUGGCUUAUACUAAGCUUAACUACGAAGUAUUAACUAGCCUAAUUUUUACUGUUUUAAAACAUGAAAAACAGAAUUUGUUCAUUUUUAAAUGGUUUGCAGAGGUCCGCAGAGGUUAUACUCACUUACAUUAUUCAGCUCAAUUCAUGGAAAAAAAUAUCAGACAUUAAUUUUACAAUAUUUUUCUGCAUCCAACAUUAAAUAAUCUCACAGAGGAGUAAAGCCGUAUAAGAUAAAUAUACCAGUAUCAAAGUUGAGAUGCAUUUUAGUGUAGGCCUACCUCAAAAAUGCUGUUAUUAUUAAUUGAACAAGAGUCUAUUUAAAAGUGUUGCAUAAUUUUCGUCCUAAAAAUACAUUGGUGGAGGACCCAGUGAAGCGGUUUGAAUGCACUGCUAUGACCUGUGGCUGUAUGACUAACACUGUUGCGUGAUACAUUGACUCUUCAGUUCUAUUCAACAACAUGAAGUCACUAUCUGCGAAUCAGCUAUUGCCUGCUAUGGUCAGACUUUAAGUAAAAUGAUUUCUAUAGAGUUUAAGAUAGUACAUGGUUUGUUUCUUUUGGCUAAUUUAACUGACGCGGCUUCUCAGAAAUGACUACAUAACAUUUGACUUAUGAAUCCUGCUUAGAUCUGCUUAAAGGCUCAACUUAAUGGUGGCUAGUCAUUAAAGUGCAGUUUUGUUUCUUUAUGGAGCUCAACAAAGACGGCCCGCUCCAGUUCCAGUAGUAAAUUUUCCAUUUAUUUUUCACACAGACUUUCCAAAAAAUAAAUAAAUAAAUAUUAAAAGUUUAAAAGGUUGCAUAGGCAUAUUCAGCUAUGUGGUAACUAAUGAAACCAAAUCUGUUUCUGAAACAAAUUUUCACCGAAUCAUGUGUUUUAAAUGUGCUUUUUGGACUUAAAACAACCGAAUUAUGCAUAUUAGUUAGCAUGUAGCUAGUUAGCCUCCGCCCUGUUAUUUAAUAUUUGUAUUUUUUGAAAAUUCUAUGGGGAAAAAUUCAUGGAAAAUUUCCUUGUGGAGCCGGAUCAGGCAGUCACUAUUGAGCUCUGUUACCGGGCGGAUUUGUAAAAAUAUGGCGCUUUUUUUUUUUUUUUAAAGAUAAUGCUACAUAUCAGUCAUACACGAUGUCAAAUUUGGAUUUUCAAUUACAAAGUACAUAUCAACUUAGUAAAUGCUGCAAAACAUAUCCUGACAUGAACAAUUAUCAAUAACUAUCAAUAGUUUGUGGUUAGCUUAGGUUGUGUGCAAAUUAGCAUGUGUUGCUAAUGGGAAGUCCAAAUCAAACUAGUUAAUUUCUCACGUAAAGUUUUGAUUUUCCUGGCCUGUAAAUAUGUAUUUGAAUAUUUACCAUUGUAUUUGUUUUUGAAUUAAUUUAUUUAAUGCCUAUAUAUUGUUUUUCUUGUUCUGUUUUAUUAUUUGGAGACUAACUAAAGAGGAGAGGUUUGCUUUCGUCAUGUUGUGUUAGUAUGCGUUUUUAUGGUUACAUUUCGCUGUUAACGCUUUGGAUGAACAACAACAAAAAAAGAUCAUUUCAUUGUAUUUACUUAUUUACCUGUUUCUCUGUGUUUUUGGCUCAGAUGUGGUGUAGUCAUCGUUUGUACAAAAAAAGAGGAAAAAAAUAGUUUCAAAAUCAUGACAAAAGUGAACAAAAUAUAAACAUAUUCCUAACAUUAAGUCUAUUGUCAUUUGCAUAUUGGACGAAAAGCCAGAAAUCCAGACUUUCUAAACAAAUUGUCCUUCGUUGAUGUUGUAUAUUUUAUUUUUAUUCAACAUUGGUUAUCUUUAAGUCACAAAAAUGCAAGGUUAUGAUAAAAUAUGUGAAUAACAACUUAAAAAAAAAAACCAAUUUGUAUAAAUAAAAUAACUUGCCCUUUAAUUUAGCCUAUGCAAACAACACAAGCUAAUGACAAAACUAGCAUAUUUAGCUAAAAGCAGCUAGUUUGAGUUUGUAUCCUCUUUCAGUUGUAUCAUAAAAUGUAAACAACAUCUCGAUUAUUCACAUAUUUUAUUAAAUGUGACUUUUUAUUUUAUUAUGUGUAGUUUUUUCAAGCAGAAGGUGAAUGAAAAGUGCUGGUUAGUGUAGCGUAAGUAGGGAGUAGGUUUUAGCUGUUGGAGGUUUCAAAUGGAGAUGAUUGUAGUGGUUUUAAGAGGUGGGACUUGAACAGAGGGAAUGCUGGAAAAUGAUACAACAAACUGUAUUUAUUUUGGGGAAAAAUGGUCAAUGACUAGUUCUUUAUUGUGUUUAAUAUGAUUCGUUUCCAUUCCAAUAGGUAACGGUAUGGUUACAAUAUGGGGAGAAGAAUGAGAGCAGAGCAGUAAUUUGUUGUUUAGGCUUAUUUAAAGGUGCACUGUGUAACCUUUCUGGUGGAGAGCGAGCCACUUGCUUGUCUCCAUAAAGAUGUUAUUGCUUAGUUUGGAAUAUUCCAUAAUAUGGCUCUAAAGACUUUCAUCUAACAUUUACCCAUUUAUGCAUUUAUUGCUAAAAAAUACCUUAAAAGCAUUCUUAUCAAGAGUAGGCUCGGCUCUGCACAGAUCUGACCUGUAACUUGGCUUGUUGGCACCAUUUGCUUGUUUCCAUGGAGAUAUACAAGGAUAAUGCCAUACUAUGGAACAGCCAAGUGGUACACACUCAUCCUAUAGACUAAUAGUUUAUCUCCCAAAUUAAAGCUGCCCCGUGUAGCUUUUAUGCUUAAGAUGGAAGUAAACCAUCGUAGUGUUAUGACAACUGUGUAUUUUAUCAGAAGUGAUCAGUGAAGGAGAUGUGAGACUAAAUGCAGGUAAAGUUCAUCAAACUAACUUUAUUUUAUUUUUGUGUGUUUUUAAUGUGUUGUUUUUGAGGACCCAGAAGCUUGAGUACAACAUGCCACCAAUCACACAUGUAAAUCUUUAUGUUGUGUUCUUAUCUAACUUUAAAUGUUUGAGUUUAAUCCUGUUUCUUUCUGUGGUGUUUUGAAGGACGUGACACUGUGCAUUAUAUCAGUUAUACCAUUGCUCCAGAUGCCCUGACUCUAUGCUGUUGUCUAAAGGUUUAAAUGGGCCAAGAAUAAACCCAGGCUGUGUGCAUCUAACGCUGUUCAAACUGGUGUGGCCUUUUGUCAUGAUUUAAAUGAGACUGAAUUAUGCCAUUUUGUCAUUGUGCUAAAAUGAAUAUAAAUAUUAUAUAUUAAAAUAUAUUUGCUAACCAAAA